GACAGAAAUGGCAACAACGUCGUUUAAAUGGAGAAGACGACGUGGUGAUCGGCGUGGUUUGGUAUCCAGAAAGCUUCUGUUCCGAUCAUUUCUAGUACUACUGGCACUCAUCGCCAUUUUUCCUCCUGUUUAUUUUCACUUCAAACUCCGUCGCUAUCAUCAGCUGGAGCUAAAAAAGUGUAGCUGGUUAGAUAAUCCUCCCCUCGUGUGUGCUCAUGGUGGUGAUUCUUCCAAUGCCUUCCCUAAUACAAUGGCUGCUUAUCAUAUUGCUCUUCGUUCUCAAGUAGACUGCAUAGAGAUUGAUGUCUCUCGCUCUGCUGAUGGGGUUUUAUUUGCUCUUCAUGACAGGGACUUGCAGCGAAUAUCUGGGAACAGUUCCACCAAGGUUGGAUACCUGAGUGCAAAUGAGAUAAAAGAGCUGGACACUUCUCAUGAUAUAAGCGUUCCUACAAUGGAAGAUGCAUUAAGAUUGAUUUCAAGUUCUGUUCAGAAGGUGGUUGUUGAUGCAAAAGUUGGGCCUCCGUCAUACGAAAAGGGGCUUGCACAUGAUAUACUUUCUGUUGUCAAGAGGACACAAUGUAAGAACUGUGUUGUAUGGGCUAAAAGCGACAAUUUAGUGAGGGAUGUGAUUAAACAGUCAUCAGAUGUGACUGUAGGCUAUAUUGUUAUGAUGAAUUUUUCUACUGGGAUCAGAAGUAAUUUAUUGAGGAUGAGUGAUGCUGAAGUUGUUGGUAUAUACCACGGUCUAGUUGACGAGUCUGUUGUCAAAAUUCUACACAGGAGGAAAAAGAAAAUAUACGCAUGGACGGUUGAUGAAGAACCAGCAAUGCAUAAAAUGUUAAACGAAAAAGUAGAUGCUAUAAUCACCAGUGAUCCAACUUUGCUUCAGAAUUCUAUGCGAGAUCUCAGGAGAAAAUGCCUUGUUGAUGGCUAUUCUAUUGGAUCAUGAGCACUUUACCAAAUAUACUCAUCAAUUGCUAACCCACAUUGACUUCCUUUCCCUAUUCAUAUAUUGACGUGCUCUUGUUGAAGCCUUCUUACAACACUUUUGCUAUGAAUUGAGCAUCUGAGCUAAUCAGGAGAACGGAGCUCCACAAACGCGCGAAUGUCUUUAUUUAUUUUGUAACUUUAAUUUUAGAAGUGGCUGUAUUAUGUAUUUUGUAACUUGAAUUUUAGAAGUGGCUGGAAUACAGUUUACCAAUUUUUGGUGGUUACGGUCUUGAGUGAAGUUGGAAACUUGGGUUGGCAGUACAAGCUCAAAGAUUUUGAAGUUGCUGUAACUCAAGUGCGUGUUCGUAAAAUUGCUGGAUUAGGAUAUGUUAGGCGCAAUCUAGUAUAUGUAUUCAGUUAAAUUGGCUGGAGAUACAAGAUCUUAUAUCAGUUUCCAUGUGUACAAUAUCUAUAUCCAAGUAUAUGGUUAUCAAA